UUCAGUUCGGAACGUGUUUGAGUGUGCGUUUCUGUGUGCUGUGUCGUGCGCGCGAGAGCACUGAGCUCCGUAUCUCCGCCAGCAGCAGCAUGUCGGACCGCGCGGCCUUCGACACCAACGUGGUGACGCUCACGCGCUUCGUGCUCGAGGAGGGCAGGAAGGCCAAGGGCACCGGGGAGCUCACGACCCUCCUGAACGCCGUGUGCACGGCCGUCAAGGCCAUUUCCUCUGCCGUGAGGAAGGCCGGCAUCGCCAACCUGUAUGGCAUUGCUGGGAGCACCAACGUGACUGGAGACCAGGUGAAGAAGCUGGACGUCCUGUCCAACGACCUGGUGGUCAAUAUGAUCAAGUCGUCUUUCACGUCCUGUGUGUUGGUGUCGGAAGAGAACGAGAAAGCGAUCAUCGUGGAGCCUGAGAAGAGAGGAAAAUAUGUUGUCUGCUUUGACCCGCUGGAUGGUUCAUCAAACAUCGACUGCCUGGCAUCAAUUGGGACCAUUUUUGGCAUCUAUCGAAAAACAAGCAGCGAGGAGCCAAGUGAGAAGGAUGCCUUGCAGCCAGGGAGAAACAUGGUGGCAGCUGGGUACGCCCUGUACGGUAGUGCCACCAUGCUGGUCCUCUCCACAGGCCAGGGGGUCAACUGCUUUAUGCUGGACCCUGCUAUUGGGGAGUUCAUUUUGGUGGACAGGGAUGUGAAAAUAAAGAAGAAGGGGAAGAUCUACAGUAUCAACGAAGGCUAUGCCCAGUAUUUUGACCCUGCUGUGAAUGAAUACUUGGAAAAUAAGAAAUUCCCCGAGGAUGGCAGCGCUCCCUAUGGAGGACGUUACGUGGGUUCUAUGGUCGCUGAUGUACACAGGACACUGGUGUAUGGAGGCAUCUUUCUCUACCCUGCCAAUAUUAAAAGUCCCCAAGGAAAGCUGAGGCUCCUGUACGAGUGCAACCCCAUGGCCUUCAUCAUGGAGCAGGCUGGGGGCAUGGCCACCACGGGCACUGGGAAUGUGCUGGACAUCCAGCCUAAGUCCAUCCAUCAGAAAGUCCCUGUGGUGCUGGGCUCUCCGGAUGAUGUGCAGGAGUACAUCUCACUUGUCAAGAAGCACACGAAGUGAACGUUUCCUCUUGUGUAUUAACCAAAGAAUGACACAGAAAGGUUUACCGUUAGCAGGAAAUCAUGAGGUGUGGCCUUAUUUCCAUUUUUUUCAGUGCAUUACAGAAGAGAAUUGAUUGUAAAUCACUUUGGAUCAUUACCAGAUUUCUGUGAUUUUCUUAAAUAGAAGGACUGUCAAUAAGAUAGUCAGAAGGACCAGUUAGAACCAAAUGACCAAACAUUACCUUUGUUUACAUGAUAUUUGCAGUUUCAGUAUGUCUGUAAUAAGGAGAUGAUUGUUGCCAAUAAAAAAAAAUUUCCAACUUGAA